GCUUUUCGUUUCGUCUCCCAAAUCCCAUCCUUUCCCUCUCUCUCUCUUCUCUCUCUCUCUCCUCUGCCUUAUUUCCCGGCCGCUCUCACUUUCCCCCAUUUCUUCAAUUUAUUCUCUUCAGAUUCGCCCCGCCCCUGCCUGUGCCUCCAUGGUUACACCUUCUCCUUGCUGCUAAUUUCUGGGGAUUUGUGGUUUAUGGCGAGUUCGGAUAUGGCGACGGUUACUGCUUCGCUUGAGAGAUCCUUCCAGAAUUUCUCCCUCAACACUCACCAGGGAGAGGGCUCCGGGUCGGGUUCGGGUUCUGAAUCGGAUUCCCGCCGGAAUGUGUCGGCGGACGGCGGCGAUGAUGCUCCUAGGGUCGAACUCAAUUCUCAAGGCCCCUUGCCUUUGAACUGGGAGCAAUGCCUCGAUUUGAAGACUGGAGAAAUUUACUACAUCAAUUGGAGGACGGGGAAGAAGGUCAAGGACGAUCCUCGCCGCGCCACCGCCGCCACCUCCUACACCGCCGUCGCCGACGACUACUCCGGCGACGACAGUAGCUCCUGCGACAGCGACGAUUCCGGCUCGGAAUCGUCGCCUUCCUCGUCGCGACAGCAAUGGAGCGCCGGCAACAAUUAUUAUUCCCGUCGUCAACAGAACGUCGGCGUUGAUGUGGAUGUUUCCGCCACCGCCGGCGGCGGCGGCGGAAGCGGCAGCGGCGGAGGAAGCGUGCUGGUGGUGGCUGGAUGUAAGAGGUGCUUGAUGUACUACAUGGUGCCGAAACAGGAGGAGAUCUGCCCCAAAUGCUGCGGCCAUCUCCUGCACUUCGAUCGAUCUGGAAACGCUUCGUCGUCUUCCUCCUGAAUUUGGUAAUUUUCGAUUGAAUUGAAUUUUUAUUUUUUCUGAAAUUGGUGUUGAUUCUUGAUGGAGUUUUCGUUGUGAUGAUCUGUCUGUCUGUCUGUCUGUUUGGGAUUCGAUUCCUUCUUUCGUUUCGUCUGUUGUUGAAGUUCGAUCGAAUCUGUUCUUCACUUUCUUGAAUUUCUUGUUUUCUGUGUUCAUUAUUAUUUUUUUUUAAUUUUUUUUUUCUUAGAGUUUGAUUUUUAAUUUGGUGAUAGCUGAUGAGGAUAGUAU